UAGAUGAUAGCAAUUAGAUUGAGAGAAAAUCAAAUGAAAGAUGUAAAAGUGAGAGAAACCUUCAUGUAAAAUCAAUCGAUUGGGCAACAAUCAACAUUGGUUACUAACGACAAUCUAUUAUUAUGACAACCAUACAGGUAGAAAAGUUAAAAAUAAUUAAGGCAAACAAGAGAUUAGUGAAUAUCAAAUGGUCAAAGGAAAAGGACAGAAGAGACUGUUUGACAAAUUAUCUUAAUCUAAUUGUGAGUGAUCAAGUAAUUGCGAUGGAUCAUCAUCAUUUAAUUUCUAAUGAUCAUCAUGAUCAUCUUGUUCCCCAAUCGACCAAUUCAACCCCAUCGUCAACUGAAACUUUAGCACCGACAAGAACAUUAGUCUGCCGCUCUUGUCGAAUUAGUUUAGAAUCGGAAAGACCUCGUUCUAUGUGUCCUUUUUGUGGUACUUUUUAUAACGAAGCGGCCGAAGAUGAUUACAAUUUAAGAUCAAGAGGAUUACAUCAAUUAGAUGAUAGUUUCGACAGUGAAGAUAAUCUAAGAUUACCAAGAUUGAGACCAAGCUUAUUUCGUUUCACUGGAUUUGGACCUUUUCUAACCGAUUCGAUCGGUUUAAUUCAUUCGUAUCUCGCAUCUUUAUUGGUUCGAUCUCCGGUUGAUUCUGAUUCCAAUAUUUAUCUUCAUUUACCGCCCAUUGGAAGAGCAACAAUUGUCGAUGGUUCUCACGAUAAUAUCAAUCGAAGAAGAAGACGAAUAUCAUCAUCUUCAUUUCUUUCAUCAGAAUCACCUACAUAUGAACAAUUAACUUUUAAUCAUUUAACGCGAUCUCAUGGAUCAACAACAUCAUCAGCAAAUAAGUCAAUCAACAAUUCAGAUUCACCGGAUCUAAGCAAAAAUUAUUCAUCAAUGAUUCUGGAGACUGAUUAUCCCAAACGUUACCUUGAUCUCGACCAAUUUAGAUCAAUGGUUCAUGAAGCUCAUGAAGAAGGAGAUUACAAUAAAUUACAUGAUCUUUACAAAAUAACCUUCUCAUCAUUCAUUGAGAUCAACGCUUUGUUCAAGAAAUCAAAUUCAGACGAACAAGUUAAGUUACAUGAUCCAGAAUUACAGAUGAAUUUGGUUUACUCGAUGUUUGAUGAAUUAGAUCAACUGCCUUCGUUCAUUGUUAAAUCGGUUCUCAAAGGAAUUGUCUCUUCACUUACAAACUUUCACAGGUUGAAACCUAAAGAUGAAACCAGAGCAAUUUACAUUAUUGUUCAGCUUCCAACAUUUUCGUAUCAAUUUUCAUAUCCAGUUUUUGCUCAUCUGAUUAAGAAAACUGUUAACCUUCAAGGUGGAGAUCAUCAAUUGCUCAUCCAUUGGUUUUCAAGAUCAGAACCAGAAAGAAUUAGGAAAUUGGUCAAACGUGUCUUACAGUUUAUAACAAUCCGAGAGUUUCCACCGAGUAAUGGCCAAGGGCUUCCGCCGUCAGGCAAAUGCCGUUGGUGGAUCCCAAGUGCUACUAGAUUUUUAGAUUUAAUUAACUCUGCUAAUAACAAAGUAACGCCAAACUUGAUUCCGUACACUGAGUUUUAUAAUAGUGCUCUUGAUCAUAUUAAUCUCAUGGGUGAAUUUAAUCGUUGGCAAAAUCCGUCUAAACAUAAUAAGUUCUCUUAUUGUCAAUAUCCAUUCAUUUUAAGUAUCGUUGCCAAGAAAACAAUCUUACAAAGAGACUCAGAGCAACAAAUGAUAAUAAAUGCAAGAAAAAGUUUAAUAAAUCGAGCGAUUUACCAACAAGCUCCAGAUAUGGAUGUUUUUUUCCUCAAUCUAAACAUAAGAAGAGCAAAUUUAGUAUCCGAUUCACUUUAUGAGAUUGCUAGAAAACAGAAUGAUUUGAAAAAGAAAUUAAAAGUUACCUUCGUUGGAGAACCAGGUCUGGACAUGGGAGGAUUGACCAAGGAAUGGUUUCUACUUUUAAUCAGACAAAUUUUCUCUGAAGAUUAUGGAAUGUUUGUUUACCACAGUAAAGCUCGAUGCUAUUGGUUUAGUACAGCUCAAAAUGGUAAUCUUAAAGAGUACAAUCUAAUAGGUGUGUUGAUGGGAUUAGGUGUUUACAAUAGUAUUAUUUUGGAUUUAAAUUUUCCCCAAGCCUGUUAUAAGAAAUUAUUAUCACCAGUUGCACCCAAAGAUGUCGGUAAGAAUCAGGUUGGAGUUUGUAAAUUUACACUCGACCACUUUUCGGAAGUGAUGCCGGAUGUUGCUGUGGGAUUGAAAGAACUAUUGGCUUAUGAAGGUAAUGUUGAAGAAGAUUUUUGCAUGACCUUUCAGGUCUCAGUUGAGGAGUUUGGUCAAAUUCAAACGCAUGUACUUAAACCAGGAGGUGAAGAUAUUUCAGUUACUAAUCGUAAUCGAGAAGAAUACGUUCAAUUGUACAUGGAUUUGAUUUUGAAUAGAGCGAUUUAUCAACCGUUCGAAGCGUUUUAUCUUGGCUUUCACAGCGUUUGUACAUCCAAUACAAUAAUCUUACUUCGACCUGAAGAAGUUGAAGUUUUAGUCUGUGGUUCACCGACCAUCGAUAUGGAGGAGCUGAGAAAGGUCACAAUUUAUGAUGGUCUUCAUGAAGAAGAGCCAAUAAUUAAGGAAUUUUGGUCAAUUAUUAAAUCAUUUAGUAUUGAGCUUCAGCGUCAAUUUUUGCGAUUUGUGACCGGAAGCGAUCGCGUUCCAGUCGGUGGUAUGAGCGAAAUGAUUUUCAAAAUAUCAGCCACUGAUUAUAACACUGACAUGCUUCCAACUAGUCAUACUUGUUUUAAUCAAUUGGUUUUACCUCGUUAUAAGGAUAAACAUUUACUUCGGGAAAAACUGGUCAUCGCAAUUUCAAAUGCUGAAGGGUUUGGACUCGAAUGAGUUGAUUGUUACAAUUAUCUAUCCAUAACUAAAUUAUCAAUUAAUAUUAAUACAACUCAUUCACAUAAAUGACAUGUGAUAAUUAACAAAAAAUCAACUGAUUUUAAAUGUACUAAGAGGUUAAUU